AUGCCUUAUUUAGCUCUUUCAUAUUGCUGGGGCGAUCCGAAGAAAACAGUACCUAUAUAUCUUAACAACAAGCUCGUUCACGUGACCGAGAACUUAUCAUCAGCGCUUCAGAAUUUCGAGCAGCGUGAUGUAGCGCUCAGAAUCUGGAUUGAUGCGAUAUGUAUCAAUCAGAAAAAUGAGCAUGAGAAAAGCCAGCAAGUUGGCUUGAUGGCUGAGAUAUACCACAAGGCUUCCGAAGUUAUCGUUUGGUUAGGGGACGGUGACGAGAAUUCUCCGAGAGCGCUUGAAAUUUUAAAGGAAAUUGGGGCCUCAGCCUUGCAGCUCGACGCAUUGCUUUUCGAUAUACAGUUGACGCAAAGGCUACUACUCAGACCUUGGUUUCGUCGGGUUUGGGUU